UUGCACUCAAUGAUGGCCUUUUCGUAGAGUUGUUUAUAUCAGUAUCUCAUUCUGUUGGUCUGUCAUGUUUUGUCAAUAUUGGAGAAUCUCUGGUUCUCGUUCGGGAGCCAAAACGAACACGCCUGCGCAUAAGGUGAUUCAAGAUGAUGGGCAGGAGAUUGACAUUUUCUUCUCUUGGGUUUGUUCUGUUUAUAUUCUUGACUUUCAUUUUGGUGCCAAAAGCUAGGGGAUGGAGCAAAGAGGGGCAUAUCAUGACUUGUCGGAUAGCACAGAAUCUCUUGGAGCCUGAGGCUGCAGAAGCUGUUGAAAACUUGCUGCCUCACAAUCUAAAAGGGGACUUGUCUGCCCUUUGUAUAUGGCCUGACCAAAUCCGGCAUUGGUACAAAUAUCGGUGGACUAGCCCGCUGCACUUCAUCGACACUCCUGACAAUGCUUGCACCUUUGAUUACUCAAGGGAUUGCCAUGAUCAGCAUGGUUUGAAGAACAUGUGUGUUGCAGGUGCCAUUUCAAAUUUUACUUCCCAGCUACUGCAUUACAGGGAGGGAACUGCUGAUCGCCGAUAUAAUUUGACUGAAGCCUUGUUAUUCUUGUCACACUUCAUGGGAGAUGUUCAUCAGCCAAUGCAUGUCGGAUUCACAAGCGACGAAGGAGGAAACACCAUUGAAUUACGCUGGUUUAGGCACAAAUCUAACCUCCACCAUGUAUGGGAUAGAGAGAUUAUUCUGACAACUCUAGCAGAUUACUAUGAGAAGGACGUUGAUCUUCUCCAGAAAGACAUAGAAGGCAACUUCACUGAUGGAAUCUGGUUUGAUGAUUUAGCAUCAUGGAAAGAAUGUGAUGAUCUCCUUUCUUGUGCAAACAAGUAUGCUGUAGAGAGCAUAAACAUGGCUUGUAAAUGGGGAUACAAAGGUGUAGAGUCUGGUGAGACUUUAUCAGAUGAGUACUUUGAUUCAAGGAUGCCGAUUAUCAUGAAACGGAUCGCUCAAGGUGGUGUUCGGUUAGCCAUGUACCUUAACCAGAUUUUUGGGAACCCAAAAGAAGGCUUUUCAUCACCAACUUAAGCAAUCAAAAAUGCUGAUUCAGGAAGGAAUAAAACAGUUUAUAUGUAUAGGCUUUGACAAGUUCUGUUUUGCUUUGCUUUGCUUUAUCUUAAUAGCAUAAAACACAUAUGAAAAUGGAGGAAAUCCAGUGGUAGAAGCAUUCUGUA